AAUUCACUGAGUGAGGCGCGCCAGAGGCGACACGAAUACGUUUGGUGGUUUUCUACGUCCGUCGAAGAGAGAUAAUAGCGCGACCGUAUAGAAUAUUUAACCAAUAAUCGUUGCAAAUUAUGCUUGGUUUGUCGUUUUAUAGUUCGUUGUUUUUUAUUUUGUGGUCAGUCACUUAAUCGAAACUGCCAGCUGGAUUAUUUUCUCUACGCAACUUGCUGGGCAAAAUUAAGUUAAUUAUUCGUUCCAGAGGCGACGAAUUCAACCGAAUUCCCUUGGACUCGUUUGUAAAUUACUUAAAGAUAGCGAAAGCGAAGCGAAAUCGUCGUUUAAAUGAUUGUGAUGCCCAGCUAGCUACGUUAGACUGUAUCCAGUCAGCCGGGGCUUGCUGCGCCCAAGCCCGGGAGAACAUUGACGCUGCUCGGUGUCAUCCCAGUAAAGUGGAUCGAGUUUUUUUAGGCGACAAUGCUUGAAAUAAUGUCUGAACACCAAGAUUCAUUAUUGAAGUGCAAAGCAGAAGCUCUGCCACCAGAGAGAAAAAAGAGGACAGUUGAGGACUUCAACAAAUUUUGCAGUUUUGUGCUUGCAUAUGCGGGUUACAUCCCAUCUCCUAAAGAGGAAAGGCCAUGGUCACCAGGAUCCUCCAGAUCUCCAAACAGCUCUGGUGCUUCAGGUGAAGGCAGCGUUUUAGGUGGCGCAAAUUCUAGCGUUACUGCUGGCUGGAGUCAUGGCACUUCGGACUUGCACACGAUUCACACCUUUGUUCGCAAAGCUCGUGCCAAUAAGAGUAACAAGAGCAUGCGCCGAUUACCUUCUGACAAUAACCUGAUGGACAGAAUGGUUUUAAAAGACUCUUUCUAUGAGGGUGAGGUGGCCACGAAAGCUGAGCGCAAAAAGGACAAGAAGCUAAAGCGCCUUUCUAUAGGUUCGGGUGCUGGUGACAGCAGUAGCAGCGGUGGCGAGAAACGUGCAAGGAUCAAGCGUAGUAAAAACCCUAAACAGCCCAAAGCUCAUAAGAAGCUUAAGAGCUCGGCUCACAGCGAGACAGACUCGGAGACUAGUUUCAGCCGUGGAGAGGAGCACCUGGGCCGGGGAGUGGGCGCUGAGCGCAGACUACAGGCCCAGGGUACAACACUGAUGAAAGUAGAGAAGGAGGAGGCCACCAGGGAGGCUGAAAUGAGCUCAAGUGAAGGAGAAACUUGGAUAGCGGAUGAAGAUAUAAUGGUCGAGUCAGGGGAUGAUUCUUGGGACUUAAUCACCUGUUACUGCGGUAAACCUUUUGCAGGACGUCCCAUGAUUGAAUGCAGUCAGUGCAACAUCUGGGUGCAUCUCUCUUGCGCCAAAAUUAAGAAGUCUAAUGUGCCCGACAUAUUUAACUGUCACAAAUGCAGAGACUCUCGACGGUCGAGUCUUAAAAAAGACACUUAGAGGAUGAUGAUCAUUCCCUCAACGCUCUGAAUGUUCCCAGUUCUCGUAUUUCAGUUUAAUUUUUUUUCUGCUUUCUUUUCAAUUCUUACAACUGUUUGAUUCCCUUCCCAUAGGUCUAGUAACUGCUUACGUGUUUUGUAGUUUAAGGUCUCCGUUACAAGGGCAGUCCACCAGAAAAUAGUGUUUUGGCCACCUACCUGCUGAGUUGGUAAUUUACUACACGUAGUCUGUGUUCUGUUUGGCUCAAGUAUGACAGUUCAUUUUUAAAAUAAACUUUUUUUUUUUUUAAAGUUAGCUUUAAGUUAAUAAGCUUGUAAUUGGAAAACUAAUGGUUAGACAACUGUCUUACAUCUUUUAUAAUGUCUCAACUUGAAGUUGGUAAUCAAAUUAGUGCUUCUAGAUAAACAUGUCACAGUUAUUUCAAAGACAACCAUGAGUGAUAUUGGAUAGUGAAGCAAGAAAAGAUGUUUAAAAAUGUGUUUCACUUUUGCCAAAUUGAAGUGAUAGUGCAAUACCUGUUGACAUUGAAUUAUUAUAAAAAAUAAACAUGCUUUUUCUUAAUGGACUGUCCAGAAUGUCAUGCCUUUGUCUAAAGGCAGCAAAACUAACAAGCUAAAUGCAGUUAACUGUUUGUAAAAGUAAAACUGCAAUGUUUGUAUUACGUCUUUAUCAUUGAAAUUACAUCUUGACAAUGUGGAAAAUCAUACCCAUAUUUAUAUUUAUAAGUACCUUAGAAGCUUGCAUAGCGCUCAGCUGUAUUUUGCAUUUGGACAGGGAAUCACUUCAGUUGUAAUUGUUGAGCUGAACCAAUUAUGAUUUCUUCGGACUCUACUGUUAAUGUACAGGAUGUUAAUUCAUGUGUCCAGAAAGCGAUCAGAAUUUUUUCAGUCCCAGAUGACUAAUUAUUUUUGUUUUGGAUGUUUUAAUUUGACUGUUGAAAGAUUUCAGUUUUGUAACAUGCUCAAGUAAAGGCCUGAUUUACGAGCUUUGCUGAAGCUGUCCUCAAUUGGAGUUGUUGUAAUUAUUGCUUUGGAGAAGUGUUGGUGGUUUUAAACUCUGGAAACUGGUGAAGAUUAUUCAUGCUACAAGCUCUUUCAUUUGAAUUAGUUUGGAAACUAUAGUUUUUUCUUUGGUUUGUUUGUGAAGCAAGGAAGGUUGGAAAUCCCCUAAAGAGAGGUCUCUCUUGCUUCAUCACUCUGUAAAUAGAACAGAUUUAGAAAAGUGUACAUAUGUGAAAGUGAAGAGAAAAGCAAAGCAAAUGGUAUAUUUUUUGCAUCUGAUAUUGUUUUCUUUAUCUACCUGAUAAGAGAAAUAAAACUUUUCUUUAUUGUG